AAAAACAUGAUUUCUGGUAAGGACAUUUACAAGGUCGUUGAGGCGAUCACUCCCUUGUAUGUGGCCAUGAUCUUAGCCUAUGCCUCCAUUCGGUUUUGGAAGAUCUUCACCCCGCAACAGUGUGCCGGCAUCAACAAGUACGUGGCCACUUUCGCCGUCCCCAUUCUUUCCUUCCACGUGAUUGCAACUUGCAACUUCUACGACAUGAAUUUUCGCUUUAUUGGAGCUGACGCUCUCCAGAAAGUGGUGAUUCUAGCCUCUCUUGCACUGUGGUUCAUCUUUAGCCCGAACGCGAGCCUCGAGUGGGUGAUUUCUUUCUUCUCCCUCUCCACCCUUCCAAACACUCUGAUCAUAGGCAUUCCUCUCCUCCAGGCCAUGUACGGAGGAUCCUCAGGUAGUCUGAUGGUUCAAAUAGUGGUCCUGCAGUCUUUAAUAUGGUAUACACUACUGCUAAUCUUGUUUGAAUAUAAAGGUGCAAUGAUCCUAAUCAAUGAACAAUUUCCUGAUUGUGCACGGGCCAUAACCUCCAUCAGGGUCGAUCCUGAUGUUGUUUCGCUCAAUGGUCGCGAACCGUUAGAGGCAGAGGCGGAGAUAGAUGACGAUGGUAAAGUUCGCGUAGUGGUCAGGAGAUCCUCCGGUUCCUCCAUGGAGUCCACACUUCGUAAAUCCCUUGAAAGAUUGAGUUCCAUAUCGAUAACCCCACGUGCUUCAAACCUGUCCGGGGUAGAGAUUUAUUCAUUGCAGUCUUGGUCAAGAACAUCAAGCCUUAAUAAACCUGACGGUCUUUAUGGAAGCCAAAAACACGGAAAUAGUGGCAGUACAGAGGCCGCAUCUUCUUUACAUGAUUCAAAAUCAACAAAUGCACAAGCUGAUUGGAUUGUUGAUGCGGAAAUCCCUCGCACUGGCAAGAGAAGUUACAAAGGAAGGAAUCAGAGCAGCGAGUCGAUAAAAGACUUCCGGUUUCCAUUGCACCAGCCUUCUCACUCGAUUUUUAUGACGGCUCCCGGCGAGGUGCCAAUGAUAUUCAGUGACAAUAACUCCAGUGCAGUGCCUGCUAAGGGGCUUCACAUGUAUGAUUGGGGCUCGAGCACAGACAAGUUGGGAUACGCCAGCUCUAGGAUCACACAUGGUUCUUCUGAUCUUGGCGGUCAAAAUUUUCGAGAAAGAUUGAAUGAACAUGCCGAGAAUGCAUCCGAGAUGAACGAUAAAGAAUGGAAUGCAGUGCAUACUGAGCUUGGGAUGCCUCCAGGGAGUGUGAUGGCAAGACUCGUCGCAUUGAUGGUUUGGAGGAAGCUCAGUGGAAACCCUAACAUAUACGCCAGCAUUCUGGGUCUAGCUUGGUCUCUACUUUCAUUCAAGUUGCACCUCCGUUUGCCUCUGAUCAUCGAGGGGUCGAUACAAAUACUCUCGAAUACAGGUCUCGGAAUGGCAAUGUUCAGUCUAGGUUUGUUCAUGGGAUCGCAGCCGAAACUGAUACCUUGCGGAUAUUCGUUAGCAACAUUGGCCAUGGCCUUGAGGUUCAUAGUAGGACCUCUAGUGGCUGCUGCUACUUCGGCUGCGCUGGGUCUUCGUGGCAAUCUUCUGCGCAUAUCCAUUUUACAGGCCGCCCUUCCAGAAGGGAUUAUUCCAUUUGUAUUCGCCAGCGAAUACAAAGUACAUGCCGAUAUAAUGAGCGUUGCGGUCGUCUUCGGAAUACUGGUAUCGUUGCCGGUGGCAUUGCUCUACGGUGUGGUUCUCGCAGCGAUCUAG